ACAAACGAAAAUGCCAUUGGAAAGUGUGGGCUUUGUACUCUGCGCCGAUAGAUGUCACCCAUAGAACCUCUCAUCUGUAGCUGCACCCUCAGCACAUAAUCCUGCUUCAAUGGCUUCCAUUUGCUACUCACUUACGCUCCCUCCCAUCCCCAAAUCACAAAACUCGAAGGGAACUCGACCUUUCCCUUUAUACCUCUCCAACUUCAACCCAUGUCGGAUUGCCGUUCCCACAUUCCGGAGGUCAAGAACCAAAGCCACGAACUCACCCUCGUUCAACACUGUCGAAACAGGAGCUCAGAAACCAAACGAAGAACCCAUGAGCAUCGAAAAUCUUCGCGGGUUCUUCGACCUCAACUUGGGAAACUGGAACGGUUCUUUCUUUCAAUUCGAUGCUUUUGGAAAUCUGUUGCAUAAAGUGAGCACAAAGCUUGCAGUGAGUUCCUAUGGGGAAGAUGAACUCCUGAGUCUCAUUCAGACGUUAUACAUAAAGCAACCCCCAAGCACUUCAAUUUCAGGAUACGAUGAUGGGCCGGAAUGGGCAGAGUACAAAAUUAAAGAAACCAACAUGUUCACUGUAGACAAAUAUCAACAGAUCGGUUAUUUCCCAAAGGAGAGAGCAUUUGCUCUGAGAUACCAGACAGCUGGAAUGUUAGAAACCGUCUUAAGACAGGGGGUUUUAGGGGAAGAUGACAUUGGUGAAGAAUCACCAAAGGAUCUUAAGCUUCCCUCACGUCUUCCCUCUAUCGUCUGUGAGAGCUGCCUCUAUUCACUGGAGAAAGAUAUAAGAGCAAGAGCAUUCCAUAUUAUAAACCCAAAGGGAAUCAUAGAAAUGCUCAUCGUCUUCCUUGAGCAAAGAGGUGACACAUUGAGUUUUCCACCUUCGCUUGACGCCACAAUGAUGCAAGGAAAUACAAACAGGAUUGUACCAUACCUUGGUAACUGGAAAGGUCGCUCCAUCACAAAACGUAGUGGUGUGUAUGGAGCAACAAUUGCUGAAGCCAAUACAGUUGCGUCACUUGAAAUGGAUGACAAGGGUCACCUUAUUCAGGAUAUUACUUCAACAUCUUCUGUGGGUGAAAUUACCACAAAUGUGCACUGGACAGGCACCCAGACAAACAACUUGGUUACGUUUAAUGGAGGCUACCAGAUGAUGCUCUUACCUGGUGGCAUGUACAUGGGAUGCCCAUGUGAUGUGGCUAAAAGUGUUGCAGAUUCCAAGUCAUUCCAUUUGGAGUUUUGUUGGCUUGAAUCACCUACCAAGAGACAAAGAUUGAUUCGCACCUACGAUGUAGAAGGCUUGGCUGUUUCCUCAACUUAUAUUUUCGAGAUUAAAUUAUGAAUACCUCAAUUUUAUUCUACAUGUACUUUUAAGUCGAACACGGAGUUGCCAUGUUAACUUACAUAUGAUUAAGAAAAAUACCCAAAUUGCGGUGUUAAUUUA